AUAAAAUUUCGCAACUCUAAUCAGAACCACGUGUGCCGUCGAAUGGACCCGAUCCGAAUGAGACAGGCCAUAUAAACGGCGGAGAUUACUCCGCAUAAACAUAUUUAUACUUAACGAUGCAUGCCUACUUUCCUUUCCCCUUCGGAUUUGGAAAUGGCAAUUAGCUAGUUAAUGAAAUAAAGCCCUAUCUAUUGCUUCCUCCGUCCAUUUAAUUGUAGGGAAGCCCAAGAAAUCAUGUCAUGGUGGGGGCGAUCGCUGGUGGAUUCCAUCCGCGCAGCCGCCGCCGUCGUCGACGACGACGACAAUGAAGAAGAAGAGCAACCGAUGGAAAUUGCCUGCAGAGCUGAGCAAUCGGACGUCGGAUCCCAGUCGGGAGCUCAAGAAGUAGAGGAGGACGAGGAGCAGGAUAAUCGGGGCGUAAAGGAAGACUUUUCUGAGCUGACCAAGACCCUCACCCGCCAAUUCUGGGGCGUCGCCUCUUUCCUCGCCCCCGCCCCCGCCUCUCUCGGGCCCGACGACGCCAGCGAUCCGACUGCGGGCGGGCUGCGCGACGAGGCCACCCCUGUUGUUGAGGCCUUGGAUUCGCCGAGAAUUGCCGGGAUCCGCAACGAUUUCGCUGAGAUCAGUGGGAAGUUCCGGAGCGGGAUCUCGUCCGUGCUGUCGCACACGAAGACCGUCUCCGAGAUCUCUAAGAUCGCUUCUUCCAUCUUGCCGUUCGGAUUAGAGGAAGAGCGGGAGGAUGAUGAGGAUCUACUCGACGCGAUUGGUAUCAAUGAGGAGGUAUUGGCAUUUGCGAGAAAUGUUUCGAUGCAUCCUGAGACUUGGUUAGAUUUUCCUUUGCCCCAUGGUGAAGAAGAUUCAAAAGAUUUUGAAUUGUCUGAUGCCCAGCUAGAGCAUGCAGUCGCCAUUGAACGUCUUGCACCUGAAUUUUCUGAUAUGAGAAGUGAGAUUUGCCCUCGUCAAAUGAGUGAAGAGUCUUUCUGGAAGAUUUAUUUUGUACUUCUUCAAUCCAGACUUAAUAGCAAGGAUGCUGAACUCCUCUCUACUCCUCAGAUUGUGGAAGCCAGAGCUGCACUUUUACAGGAACUUCCUAGCCAGAGAAAACCAGGAUCUGAAAGGUUGGGAGAAGCAUCUUUUAACAAAGAUGAUGGUGCAGCAAUUCCUCUCAAAGAAAAUGUCACAGCACCAACAAGCACUGCUAAUGUAACCAUACCACCCAAUACAGUUUCAUAUGGUGAAUCAGUUUCUGAGUCUAUCAAAGAUAUUGAAGCUGAAAAACAUUCCACCAAAUCGAUAUCCUCUGAUUCGACUGAAGAGGUUGAGACUGAAAAGCAUCCCGUCCUAAUUGAAGCCUCUGGCUCUAUGGAAGAUGCUGAAACUGACAAGCAUCCUGUCCCAGCAACUGAGGUGAAAAUUAUUGAUAAAUCAGUCACUGAAGAAGAGCCAGCAAAUGGAACUAAGAUUAAAGAUAUAACAACUGAAACAUCAAAAAGCUCUGUUCAGACAAAUGAAGAAGACGGCGAUGGAUGGUUAGAGGAUGACAUCGGUGAAGCAAACACCACAAGGGGUGCCACUGUUCCUUUGGGGCAGGAAGAGGAUGUCUCUUUUAGUGAUCUGGAAGUGGACGACGAUGAUGAUCAGGGCCCAACUAUAAGCUCCAAGACCAUUCCAGUUGAUUCGCAAGCAAAAGUUUCUAGAGCUUCAGCUACAGGUGACCAGUCCACUGGUUCGGAGAUGAAAGAAUCCAAUGAUUGGCUUGAUCUUGAAGACUUUGAUGUGGAAUGAUGAGCUGACCCCUUUCAUGCAUCAAUUCUUCUUCUAAACACAAGAUCUAUCUCUCAUCCACACUAAAGUGUGUUCGUGGUAUUCCAGUGUAAUGUACAUAUGGUGCUGCUAUAUUUGCCGCACGCUGUGUCGUUGUGGAACUCACAUUCCUCAAGUUUGUUGUGGACUCGCGGUAAAACUUGUCUUGUUUGACUUUUUCAAACAAGUCUUAUUUAAAAAACAUUGUAGUAACCCAGGAA